CCAAGUGCUACAGGCCAAACUGCGUAUGCUCUGUGCAAAGGGUGAAAAUUAUGUGAAAAGUGACACCAACAAGCACUGAAAACACUUCCAAAUGGCUACACAGAAACCGGGUGAAUGGGCCAACUCACUGUUGGCCCGUUUUGAGGAGCAGCUUCCGUAUCGUACUGGUCCACACGGAACCCAAGCACGGCUCAGCAUCGAUGAAACUAUGAACUGUUUGAUACAGAUCUCCCGUUACCGCUUUUCGCUGGUUAUCUCCGGCCUGACGAAAAUGUUGCAGCGCGUGAACGAAAUUUUUAUUAUUUUACAGUUUCAACCGCCUGCCUGCCGCGGCCACGAACCGGAACGCUGUUGCUAUGAUUCGCUGAUCAUAAUCUUAGAAACGCUGGAACGUUGUUUGUCUGGACAGUCGAAGGAUACGGCGCGGUUUGAGGAAGCGAUGAACGUGAAGCUACUUUUGCGAGAAAUUUGUCAGUUUAUCGAUAUUCAAAAUGAGAACAAUCAAAAUGCAACAUCGCUGAAAGCUCUGGCAUCCAAGGUGCUGUUCGCGCUGUCUCAAAAUCAUUUCGGCGCGGUAUUUAAUCGCAUAUCGGCCCGGCUACAAGAGCUCAGCACUUGCGCGGAGGAGAACCCCGACUACAGUGACAUUGAGCUCAUUCAGCACAUCGAUCUCGAUGUGCACCGGUUGACGAAACUGCUCACGGAAACGAUUCAGAAGUUUAAAUCGUUGAAAAAGUCCGCGCACAUGAUACUGCUCAGUUCGCUCGAGAAAGCGCUCUGGAACUGGAUCGAGUUUCAUCCGAAGGAGUUCGAAGACCUGCAACGCAACCCGAACGACGAGCUGAGCAAGUGCUGUGAAACGUUUUUCGACAUACUGGACUCGUAUUCAGAGAACAAAAAGGCUCGAGCCGCCGUUUGGCCCCUCCAGAUAAUGCUGUUGAUACUGAGCCCGAAGGUGCUGGAGGAGAUUGUGAAUGCCGAUUCGGGUGCCCCGUGUUCACCGCGCCAUCUCAAAAAGAAGCACUUCAUGGAAGGCAUCAAGAAGGGGCUGGGAGCCCACGCAUCGUCUAAACAAUCAACCGAAUCGGCCGCUAUCGCGUGUGUGAAAUUGUGCAAAGCAUCCACGUACAUCAACAUAAACGAUUCGAACAACGUCACGUUUCAGCUCGUGCAGAGCGUCAUUAACGAUCUAAAGGCACUGCUGUUCAAUCCAGCGAAACCGUUCUCGCGAGGACAAGGUUUCAACUUUCAGGACAUCGAUCUCAUGAUCGACUGCUGGGUAUCGUGCUUUCGUAUAAAGCCACACAACAACGAAGCACUGAAGGUGUGCCUCAGCCUCAACUCGCCUCCUGCCUAUCACUUCGUCAUCGUAAGCUCGCUGUUAAAAAUUGUCACCCAGGCCCGGUUACCGUGGUGGCCCCAGAUCGAUCUUGUGUAUGCGAGAUCGGGCGAGCUGCGAGGUCUCUUUACCGAUACGCUGAACAAAGCGACUCAGGGUUACAUCGCACACACGCCGCUGCGCAUGAUCACCUCAUUGACGCUUAAAUCCAAAGAUGCUCAGAGCCGACUGACGAGGCCCGACGAGGGACCGGCGCACAAAGCGUUGCUCCUGCUGAUGGUGCGUCUCAUCCAUGCCGAUCCGAUGCUGCUGCUAAACAGCCUCGGAAAGGCAGGCCACGAGGUGCAAAGCUCUACGCUCGAGCUAAUCAAUGGGCUGGUAUCGCUGGUCCACCAACCAACCAUGCCCGACGUGGCACAGGAAGCGAUGGAGGCACUGCUCGCGCUCCACUCGCCGGACAAGAUUGAGGUGUGGAACCCGGAGGCCCCGAUCAAUACGUUCUGGGACGUUAGUUCGCAGGUGUUGUUUUCGAUAUCGCAAAAGCUUAUCCAGCAUCAGAUUGCCAACUACACGGACGUGCUCAAGUGGCUACGCGAGAUACUGAUUUGCCGCAACACGUUCCUGCAGCGGCACAAGGAUUACGCAAACGUCGGGAGCCAGAUAGCGAUCUGCCGCCAGGCACACAUCAAGCUCGAAGUGGUGUUCUUCAUGUAUCUGUGGUCGGUCGAUUUGGAUGCGGUCAUGGUGUCGCUGUCCUGCUUCGGAUUGCUUUGCGAAGAGGCCGAAAUACGGUCCGGUUCGGAUGAGCUUACGGUUGGCUUUAUACUGCCAAACUAUCACCUCUACCAGGAGCUGUCUCAUACCUCGGCCACGCUAACGUCGCCACAGAACGCCGAAUCGCGGUACAGCUUUUUCGAGCAUCUGCACGGACGCGUCACCUUGCAGCGCAACAUAAUGUCGCUCCUGCGCAAGAUUGAACAUUGCGUGAACGGUGUACAGCCCGCAUGGGAGGAAACAUUUCGCAACUGGGAGGUGACGAGCAAGCUGUUGCAGAACUAUCCCAAGGGCAAACCGGAGGAGGGACAGGCGGAAGUUUUCCACCGUAGCAUGGGCAAACGACGGGCGAGCCACCAGAGCUCGGAGCACGAUCUCGAAGAGCAGAUAACCGAAUGGGCCAACAUGACCUGGUUUCUGCUAGCGCUCGGUGGCGUCUGUCUGCAGAAACCGCGCAACCAGCGGCAGACGGCGCAAGGCUACAACCUGCCGCUGGGAACCGCUGGCCCUUCGCUGAUGCAGUCGACCACCUCGCUGUCCAGCUCGAGCUCCGGCCGUGGCUCGAUGCACCCGAUCAUGGGCUCGCUGGUAUCGUCGAUCGGGCCGGGUAGCAGCCAGGAGGUGCAGUACUGUCCCGUGACACAGUUUAUCGGCCAGCUGCUGCGGUUGCUGGUGUGCAACAACGAAAAGUUCGGUCCGCAGAUUCAGAAGCACGUGAAGGAACUGGUCGGUCAGGAGAUGUCGUCCCAGCUGUACCCGAUUCUGUUCGACCAGAUCCGGUCGAUCGUGGAAAAGUUUUUCGAUCAGCAGGGCCAGGUGGUGGUGACGGAUAUUAACACGCAGUUUAUCGAGCACACCAUCUACAUAAUGAAGUCGGUGCUGGACGGCCGACAGAGCAAGGAUCAGAAUGAUCAGCCCGCCAACUCGGAACAUCUGGGCGUGACGAGCAUCGAAAACUUGAUGCUUGCGAUCGUGCGCUACGUGCGCCAUCUGGACAUGACCGUGCAUGCAAUCCACAUCAAGACCAAGCUCUGCCAGCUGGUGGAAGUGAUGAUGAAGCGGCGAGAUGAUCUUGCCUUCCGGCAGGAGAUGAAGUUCCGCAACAAGCUGGUAGAAUAUCUGACCGAUUGGGUGAUGGGCACGUCGCACCAGAUAGCUCCACCCGGCUCGGGCGACGUGACCGUCAUAACGCGCGACCUGGAUCAGGCGUGCAUGGAGGCGGUGGCGGCACUGUUGCGCGGAUUGCCCCUGCAGCCGGAAGAGUCCGAUCGGGGCGAUCUGAUGGAUGCGAAGAGUGCGUUGUUUUUGAAGUAUUUCACCCUGUUUAUGAACCUGCUGAACGACUGUGUGGACGGGUCGGAGGCGGACAAGGAUACGAACAAUCCGCCACUGUUGCCUCCCCGGCCGCGGGUUGCCGCCGGGAAGCUUACCGCGCUGCGAAACGCAACCAUUCAGGCGAUGUCCAAUCUGCUUAGCGCGAACAUCGAUUCCGGUCUGAUGCAUUCGAUCGAUCUUGGCUACAAUCCCGAUCUGCAGACGCGCGCCGCGUUUAUGGAGGUGCUGACCCAGAUUCUGCAGCAGGGAACCGAGUUCGAUACGCUCGCGGAAUCGGUGAUGGCCGAUCGGUUCGAGCAGCUGGUACAGCUGGUGACAAUGAUAAGCGACAAGGGCGAACUGCCGAUCGCAAUGGCGCUCGCGUCCGUCGUCACUACCUCCCAGAUGGACGAGCUGGCGCGCGUGCUCGUCACGCUGUUCGAUGCGAAGCACCUGCUGUCACCGCUGCUGUGGAAUAUGUUCUACCGGGAGGUGGAGGUGUCGGACUGCAUGCAGACACUGUUCCGCGGCAACUCGCUCGGCAGCAAAAUAAUGGCGUUCUGCUUCAAGAUUUACGGUGCGAGCUACUUGCAGGGGCUUUUGGAACCCCUGAUUCGGCCAUUGCUGGAGGAACCGACCAGCAGCUUCGAGGUGGAUCCGGCCCGCAUCGAGUCGAGCGAGGACAUCGAGAACAAUCGUAAAAAUCUGAUAGCUCUCACGCAGAAGGUGUUUGACGCGAUCGUCAAUUCGGCUGACCGGUUCCCGCCGCAGCUGCGCUCGAUGUGCCACUGUUUGUAUCAGGUGCUGAGCAAGCGAUUCCCGAACCUGCUGCAAAAUAAUAUCGGUGCCGUCGGGACGGUCAUUUUCCUGCGCUUCAUCAACCCAGCGAUAGUGUCGCCGCAGGAGCUGGGCAUCGUCGGCAAGCAGGUACCGACGCAGAUCAAGCGAGGCCUGAUGCUGAUGUCGAAAAUUCUGCAAAACAUUGCGAACCACGUGGAAUUUUCUAAGGAGCAGCAUAUGCUGUGCUUCAACGAUUUUCUGCGCGCGCACUUUGAAGCGGGCAGGCGCUUCUUCAUUCAGAUAGCAUCCGACUGCGAAACGGUCGAUCAAACGUCGCACAGCAUGAGCUUCAUAUCGGACGCCAAUGUGCUGGCGCUGCAUCGUCUACUGUGGUCGCACCAGGAGCGCAUCGGAGACUAUCUGUCGAGCAGUCGCGAUCACAAGGCGGUUGGAAGGCGGCCGUUCGAUAAGAUGGCCACACUGCUCGCAUACCUGGGCCCCCCGGAACACAAACCGGUCGAUUCGCAUCUGCUCUUCUCGUCGUACGCUCGCUGGAGCUCGAUAGACAUGUCGUCGACCAAUUUCGAGGAGAUAAUGGUGAAGCACCAGAUGCACGAGAAGGAAGAGUUUAAAACUCUAAAGUCGAUGAACAUCUUCUACCAGGCCGGCACGAGCAAGGCGGGUAAUCCCGUGUUCUACUACAUUGCCCGUCGUUACAAGAUUGGCGAAACGAAUGGCGAUCUGCUGAUCUACCACGUGAUACUGACGCUGAAACCGUUCUGCCACUCGCCGUUCGAGGUGGUGAUAGACUUCACGCACACCUGCUCGGACAACCGCUUCCGCACCGAGUUCCUGCAGAAAUGGUUCUACGUGCUGCCGGAGGUGGCGUACGAGAAUCUGUACGCGGCUUACAUCUACAACUGCAACUCUUGGGUACGGGAAUACACCAAGUUUCAUGAUCGUAUCCUCGCCCCGCUGAAGGGCUGUCGGAAGCUGAUUUUUCUUGACUCACCGGCGAAGCUGAACGAUGUGAUUGAUCCGGAGCAGCAGAAGCUACCCGGGGCCACGCUGUCGCUCGACGAAGAUUUGAAGGUGUUUAACAAUGCGCUCAAGCUGAGCCACAAGGAUACGAAGGUAGCGAUAAAGGUGGGCCCGACGGCGCUACAGAUUACAUCGGCCGAAAAGACAAAGGUGCUGGCACAUUCGGUGCUGCUGAACGACGUGUAUUACGCGUCGGAGAUUGAGGAAGUGUGCCUGGUGGACGACAACCAGUUUACGCUGUCGAUCGCCAAUGAAAGCUCGCAGCUCAGCUUCAUCCACAACGAUUGCGAUAACAUCGUGCAGGCGAUCAUCCACAUACGGAACCGGUGGGAGCUGAGCCAGCCCGACUCGGUUACGGUGCAUCAGAAGAUCCGCCCAAAGGAUGUGCCUGGAACGCUGCUGAAUAUGGCACUGCUGAACCUGGGCUCGUCGGAUCCAAACCUUCGUACCGCUGCGUACAACCAGCUGUGCGCCCUAACCGCUACCUUCGAUCUCAAGAUCGAGGGACAGCUGCUGGAAACGCAGGGACUGUGCAUACCGUCGAACAAUACGAUCUUUAUUAAAUCGGUCAGCGAAACGCUGGCUACCAACGAGCCGCACCUGACGCUGGAAUUCCUCGAAGAGUGCAUCCAAGGCUUUCAGCGCAGCACGAUCGAGUUGAAGCACUUGUGUCUCGAGUACAUGACGCCCUGGCUGGCUAAUCUCGUGCGUUUCUGUAAACCGUCGGACGAAGGCAAACGCCAAAAGCAGGUGGCACUGAUACUGGAAAAGCUGAUCAAUCUCACGAUCGAGCAGAAGGAGAUGUACCCAUCGAUACAGGCCAAAAUCUGGGGCUCGAUCGGACAGAUACCCGAGCUGAUCGAUAUGGUGCUGGACAACUUUAUUCACAAAUCCGUAAGCUCCGGUCUCGGAUCGCCACAGGUGGAAAUAAUGGCCGACACCGCUGUUGCGCUUGCCUCCGCCAACGUGCAGCUGGUGGCGAAAAAGGUGAUUGGGCGGCUGUGUCGCGUGAUGGACAAAACGUGCCAUUCGCCGACCCAGUACCUCGAGCAGCACAUGAUGUGGGACGACAUUGCUAUACUCGCCCGCUACCUGCUGAUGCUCUCGUUCAACAACUGUCUCGAUGUGGCCCGACAUCUGCCGUACCUAUUUCACACGGUAACGUUUCUCGUGUGCACCGGUUCGCUGUCGAUGCGUGCCUCGACGCACGGGCUCGUCAUCAACAUCAUCCACUCGCUCUGUACCUGCACGAAGCCGUCCUUCUCGGAGGAAACGCAGCGAGUGCUGCGCUUGUCGCUGGACGAGUUCUCCCUGCCGAAGUUCUAUCUGCUGUUCGGCAUCAGCAAAGUAAAGUCGGCCGCCGUGACCGCGUUCCGCUCGUCCUGCCGCCAUCCCAACGAUCGGUGGCUGGGCAACGAGCGCGUAUCACAGGCGCCGCCCGCCGAUCGCGAGCGGCUUGCGCUCCCGUCGCUGGAAGUCAUUACCGAGGCGUUGCUAGAAAUCAUGGAGGCCUGCAUGCGCGACAUUCCCGACUGCGAGUGGCUGCACACGUGGAUAUCGCUGGCGAAAAGCUUCGCCUUCUGCUACAAUCCAGCGCUGCAGCCCCGGGCACUGAUCGUGUUUGGAUGCAUCUCAAAGAGUGUCACGGAUCAGGACGUGAAACAGCUGCUCCGCAUUCUGGUGAAAGCGCUCGAAUCGUUCAACGACAUCAUUCUGCUGGAGGCGCUCGUGAUGUGCCUGACGCGGCUUCAGCCACUGCUCCGUCCCGAGUCGCCCAUUCAUCAGGCACUGUUCUGGGUGGCGGUCAGCGUGUUGCAGCUGGACGAAUCUACACUGUACGCGGCCGGGCUGGCACUGCUCGAGCAAAAUCUGCACACGCUCAACUCGCAGCAGCUGUUCGACAACCAGAACAUUGCCGACGUGAUGAUGGCCACGCGCGAACCGCUCGAAUGGCAUUUCAAGCAGCUGGACCAUGCCGUCGGUUUGUCGUUCAAGUCCAACUUUCACUUUGCGCUCGUUGGCCAUCUGCUGAAAGGGUUCCGCCAUCCGACGCCCACCACCGUCUCGCGGACGUCCCGCGUGCUGACGAUGCUGCUCGGGAUCGUUGCCAAACCGCACCGACGCGAUAAGUUUGAGGUAACACCGGACAGUGUGGCCUAUCUAACCGCGCUCGUUUGCUUCUCCGAGGAGGUACGCUCACGGUGCCACGUCAAACACACCGUACCCCGGUGGCCGGUGGAGUCGGGUGGGUCUGGUGAUUCGGGCAGUGCCAGUAGCAGCGAUCCUUCGGCACCAAACUCCGCCGGCGGUGGACCACUAACCGGUGGCUCGGGUACGAUCACUUCUAGCUCGUCCGGGGGCAACAGUGUGCGACGCCAAAAGUCGUGGGAUAUGUUGGAUCAGUCCGCGAUUCAGUACGCACGCCAGUCGCACAAAGUACAGCAGCACCAGGAACCGGUGGUUAUCCGAGGGAAAUCGUGGAGAAGUCUCGAUUCAGCGCACAAUCCGCAUCUGGGAAUGAUCAGUCAUUCCUCUUUCGUUACUCACGGCAACACAACCACCACCACCACCACCAACAACAACAUGAUCAACAUGAACAGCAACACUCCAAAUGCCAUCACCACAGGCAUGCCUAACUCGAACACCAGCUCCAUCAUUACUAACAGCAGCAGCAACACUAACAAUUCUUCCACGGCUAGCAGUGCCUACGCAGCUGCUAGUGCCGCAGCCGCGUCCAUUGGCGUCGGUGCGUACCAAAGCCAGCGGAACGAUUUUCGGAACCGCCGCUCCUCGUCCGAACCGGCCAAUCAGAUGGUGCUGAUGAACCCGAACAUUGCCAAACUGAUUGCGCUCAAUCAGGGCCACACGCCCACGUACGGCUACGGUGCUGGUGGCGGUAGUGGUGUACCGGGGGCAACCGUCGCCCACGCGGUUGCCUCCGGACUGCCGCCAGUCGCCGGUACUGGGCCGCCCAUGCCGACGGCGGACGAAGAGCCUUCCGAGCAGACGCACAGGGACGCGCCCAAGCAAGGGACAAAGGACGAAAGCGAGAACUUUAUCGUCGACUGCUUGCAAGACAUAUCAUCGAUCAAAAUUGCACGAAUGCUGUUCAAAACCCACCGCUCCUUCUCCGUUCCAACGACCAAAGAACGUCUGGGUAAAUCGCCGCGGAUUGACAAUCGUCAGAAGGAAAGAGGUUCCCGGUCGUCGGUGUCGAACGAAUCGAACGUACUGCUCGAUCCGGAAGUGCUGCCCGAUUCCUCCACCCAAGCGCUGGUGCUGACGGUGCUGGCGACGUUGGUGAAGUACACCACGGACGAGGCCGAAACGCGUGUCCUGUACCAGUACCUAGCCGAAGGUUCCAUUGUGUUUCCCAAAGUUUUCCCAGUCAUCCACUCACUGCUGGAUCAGAAGGUGAACAAUGUGCUGUCGGUGUCGAACGAUCAGAUCGUGCUGGCGUCGGUGCAGAGCAUCAUCCAAAACAUGCUGGCAAGCGAGGACGCCAGCCAGCAACCGUUGCACUUUCUGCAGAGCUGCGGUUUCGGGGGACUGUGGCGGUUUGCCGGACCCUUCACCAAGUACAACAUGAUGGUCGAAUCGUCCGAGCUGUUCGUCAACUUUCUGGAAGCGAUGGUGGAAACGUGCCUGCCGAUGGAGGAAAGCAGCCCGAUCCCGCCGUCCCCGCGCCCGUACAAUCUCAGCUCGAGCCUGAGCAGCCUCACGCUCGGUUCGCCGACGGAUAAAGCAUUCUCAUCAGAAUCUCUAGAUCACGAUGGCUUUAGCGGAAGCGUCAGUUCGCUGCGCCGGGCAUCCUGCAGCAAGGCCCGGACCGGAAAGCACCGGUUCAUCGACAGCCCCACGCACAACAUCUAGUCGGAAAUCUGGUGGAGCGCCGGCCGGAUACUUCCAUCGAUUGUUGCCGCUGCGAGCCGCGCUGGAGCUUCCACCAACGACACGCACAACCGAACGCGACGACGCACAGCCGAGCGGUCGAAGGCGACCCACCGCUCGAUCGACAGUACGUACUACGAUUAACUCCUCCAAUUCGUUCCAUGGGCAAACGAAUGCAUAUUUGUAUAUCGCUGUAACAGUAUCGGUAUGAUUACAAUCCUACUACCAACUAGCUGGAAGUUCGCGCUCAGGACCACAUUUGGCAAAACCCGGGACCUCGAAGGAAGGGUUGACCGGAGCGCACCAUUUAGGUGGAGGAGGGUACAUGUUUGCUGAGACGGGGAAAGACGAUCUUGAGAUGGUCUGUUUAUGCAUCAAUUCUAGCGAAAAUCCUCUCCCUCUCUCCUUCCUUGCUGCUGAUACUUCGUUUGCUGAUAAGCGCGACAAGUUCGAUCCUGUUUGGUCCAAGGCUAGUUAAGUUUAACGCAUUAAUUGAAUGCAUAAUUUAUAGAAACCCCUCGUAAAACGACCACAGAGGAAUUCUGGUUGCCAUCCACACCUAAACCCCCCUCCCCCUCCCCCUCCAGUUUUGUUUGAAGGAAGCAAGGAUAAAGAGGAUUGAGGUUGUUGUAGUGCCAGCAAAGGAGAAGAAGAAGGAUAAAGAAAGCUCGCCCAGAGUUUAGGGGAAAGAAUAAUGGAUGAAAUUUACAACAAAAAAAAACUCACAAAUUACUAUUUUAAUAAAAACUAUUAACAUAAUAUGCAUGAUUAUCACUCAAAAGAAUCGAAUCAAUGGAAACGAAAUAUUUUCAUUAGGAAGCUGUAAGAUUUUGUAUUACAAUGCAUUUAGAACUGCAAGAUGAUUCAAUUGAAUCAUGCGCAUUAAAUGUAUAUUUUAUACAUAAAGUCUAUAAAUAAAUGUUUGAUCAUCCUAUAGAACAUU